AUGGCUUCGAAGCGCAUACUGAAGGAACUCAAGGAUCUGCAGAAGGACCCUCCUACUUCUUGCAGUGCUGGACCUGUGGCUGAAGAUAUGUUUCACUGGCAAGCAACCAUCAUGGGGCCGGCAGACAGUCCUUACUCAGGAGGUGUAUUCCUCGCUACAAUCCACUUCCCUCCUGACUAUCCGUUCAAGCCCCCUAAGGUAGUUGCUUUCAAGACAAAGGUUUUCCAUCCUAAUAUCAAUAGUAAUGGAAGCAUAUGCCUUGAUAUUCUCAAGGAACAGUGGAGCCCUGCACUUACCAUCUCAAAGGUCUUGCUUUCAAUUUGUUCGUUGCUGACUGAUCCAAAUCCUGAUGACCCGCUUGUACCUGAGAUAGCCCACAUGUACAAGACCGACAAGGCCAAAAAUCGUGCGCCGGCCAUUAAUCUUCUUCUGGGCGUUGCCGACGCUCGUUGCCUUUCUUGUCGAUUCUACAGAUCAAAAGGUUGUGUGGAUUGA